AUGUGCGGACGCAGCGCCACACUGCGUCAGUGGCUGGACGAGGCCGUUCUGCCGCUCGUGACGGCUCGGGCCACGGACCGAUGGUAUCCUGCUCUGUGGGGCGUUACGCUCGUGGCCAGGCGUCUAAAAGACGUGGACGCCGUCACUCGUGUUGGCGAUCGGGACGGUCGGGGUGGCGGCCGUGGCCACCGCCUGCAAGUGGACUGCGAUUGGACGACCGCGGAGGUGCCCGGCCACAAUUUUUAUGCGGCCAUCGUCCUGGCGUCCGCGUACAUCUGCUGGUCGGUGGCCCUUUAUCCCACCGAAGUACAAUAG